GUAUAUAUGCACAACACACGUUGACUUUUUCUUACCAUACAAGAAAACGGAGGCAUCACAAGUCACUGCAACAACUUUGCAGACAUUCAAUCAAAGAAAAACAGAAUAAGAUGGAGAGCUUUUGUAUGUUCCUACUACUAGUAGCAGGAUCAGCAUUGCCUUGUCUGGCUGCAAACCCAAAGACAUCAUUGCUCUAUCCUUAUGGAAAAACCCAAGGUGACUCAGAAAACCCGGUAGCUGAUGAUGGGAAUUCUCCAGAGAUCACCAUCAACAAGCCAUUCUCCUUCUACGGCAAAAAAUACAACUCCCUUUUUGUCAAUAACAAUGGGGUUGUCUCUUUUGGAAAGUAUGUCUCAGAAUACACUCCAUCUGCUUUCCCUCUGAAAGAAGGAAUACCCUUUGUUGCUCCAUUUUGGGCUGAUGUUGACAAUAGAGUCAGUGGGAGCAUCUUCUCGAGACAGACCGAAGACUCAGUGCUGCUUAGUCGGUUUGCUGAAGACCUCGGUCGGUACCGUGCUGAUGUUUCUUUCAUACCCGUGUGGAUGUUUAUUGCCACCUGGUAUAAAGUAGGCUACUAUGGAUCUGCUUCAGACAAGGUCAACACUUUUCAAGUUGUCUUGGCCACAGAUGGAGAAAUAUCCUUCAUCAUGCUGAACUAUGCUGAUAUACAGUGGACCACUGGAACUGGAAAUGAUGGAGAUAUCUAUACGGGACUUGGAGGAACUCCCGCUCAGGCUGGCUUUGACAGUGGGGACAAAGAAAAUUACUACAACAUCCCUGGUUCCCGAACGGAUGCUAAGCUUGGCUCGGCUUCGCCCCAUCUUACCGUCCGGCCCAGCCGCUGCUUAACCGCGGAGCUGAGCGUUGCCCGAGGCCCGCCCGGGAAGGAGGAGGUGAUUACACCGGCUGAAUGUCAUGGAAAGGCGGGCUUUUGUUUGCGCCUCCUUCCCUUUCUUCUCCCGUGA